AUGCUGUUGUUCCUGAAAGUGUUCGCCUUUCGUCUCCUUGCUGUGUUCAUCGUGAGAUCGUGGUUCGUGCCCGAUGAAUUGUUCCAAUCUGUGGAGGUAGCUCAUCAUUGGCUUUUCGGCAGCGGUCAUUUGACGUGGGAAUGGUCAAAAGAUGGACUCCGAUCGGCUCUUCAUCCACUCAUUUGUGUGAUUGCACUUCUGCCAUUUAAGAUCCUCGGCUUUCUAUCACCAUCGAUCGUUUUCUGGAUUCCUCGAAUUGAACAUGCAUUUCUCUUCGCGUUGGGUGAUUGUUCAUUUGUGCAUCUCAGCCGACGUUUCUACUCAACAAAUCACAAUUGUGCUCGUUUCACGAAUCUGUUGUACUUCUCGAAUUGGUUCCUCUUCUAUUGUUCCCCGAGAACACUUGCUAAUUCGGUUGAAACGGCGUUGACACUGAUCGCUCUACGAUGGUUUCCAUUUGAGGGAAUUCGGCAAUCGAAAACUGCUUGGCCUUACAUGACAAUUGGAGCGAUCUCGAUCAUCAUUCGACCAACGGCAGCGAUUAUCUGGGCAAUCUUCGGUCUUUCUCAUCUCUAUCAUUCAAAAGAACGGAUUCGCGUGCUUAUUGUUGCAAUUUUGACGGUGAUUCCAAUUUUCGCCAUCGCUUUGCUCAUCGAUUCUUUAUUUUAUGGCCGACCAACUUUUGCUCUCUAUAAUUUCUUGUCGUUUAAUGUUUUUCAAGGUGGAAGUGCUCUUUUUGGGGUACAUCCCUGGUGGUGGUACUUGAGUGAGGGUUUCCCGGCUUUGCUUCAUCUGCAAAUGUUGCCGUUAUUGAUGAUAUCACUUGGUUGCCUGCCCGAACGAGCCAAGUUUCGCUUUCCGACAACUCUUCCACUUUGGACGUCUCUCGUCUACGUUCUCAUUCACUCGGCUCUUCCGCACAAAGAGCACCGAUUUUUGUUGCCCAUUCUUCCGCUUCUGAUUCUCUACACUGGACCGUUUGCUCUUCUUCGGAACACCACCAUUCGACGAGCGAUCACUGCAUUGAUUCUGAUUGGAAAUAUUUGUGUUUCGAUCUACUUUUCGUUAUGGCAUCAGGUUGGACCCUACUCAGCUGCUUCAUUCAUUUUGCGUGACUCGCUUGUUGCGAAAUCCCGUGUGAUGACGUUGAUGCCGUGCUUUUCGAUGCCCGAAUAUGCCUAUUUUCACAAUCAACUCGCCACGUUUCGAUCACUAGAUUGCUCUCCGCCGCUUCAUUUAAGCAAUGGAACACUUGAAGACGGUUGGUUGGAUGAAGCGGAUCGAUUUCACGAGGAUCCACUUACCUGGGUGCACGCACAUCGAAAGGAGUUAUCAACGAUGACACACUUGGUGCUUUAUGAGGCAAUGUACCGUUUAUUGGAGGCUCAACUAUGGGAACUUGGUUUCAGCGAAUGUUUUCGGUCUUUUCAUGCCCACAUCCUCACCUCAAGUCGACAAGAUCAUCACAUUGUGAUCGCUUGUCAUAAUCGGCCCGCACGAAACGACGACAAGGGGAACCAGUUGGACCACAGUCUCCAACAAGGACCUUCACAAAUGCCGAGAAAUCGAAAUUUUGGGAAUCCUGGAGUGCGCAAUCAUCCACAACUUGUCAAUAUUCCUGAGUAUACAAAUGCGCAAAGCACUCCGUCGUGGCAGACUGAUCCCCCGAAAGCACCGAUGGCACAAAUUGGAUCGAUGAGAGGGAAUAGUGCUUUCGUGAAUGGCUUAUCGCGUUCUCGAACUCCCUCGCACACUUCAGGAUCAGCCGCAAUCGCUCGAACGAAUCCACUUUCAACUUUCGCGAACGCUUUCCGGAGUGCGAUCGCUCAACCUCAGCCACCACAAAUGAUCGGCGCUACGAGGCCCGGGUCGACAAUCGGAUAUCCACAACAACCAAGCGACCAACCGCCACAAGGCGCCGAUUUUCGUGGCCCCAUCAAUCAGGACUACGAUAUGCCUUAUGGAGCUGGAGCUGGAGCUGGAGCACAAAUGCAAAUACCGGUGAGCUUCAAACUUCAAUCAAUU